GACUGUAAACUUUGGUUGACUCGGGUUAGACAUUCUUUCUGUGUAGUCAGGUGACGUGUCCGUAUUUAUAACAAGUUUCAUCUGUCGCUGAAGAAAAUGAACGCUUUUAAGCGUGAUAAAAAGGAGGAGGAAGACGGGGGAGGUAAUCCAUUUCAAAAUCUGGAAAAAACAUCGGUGCUUCAAGAAGCUCGUACCUUCAACGACACACCUGUCAACCCUAGAAAAUGUGCACAUAUUUUAACAAAAAUCUUGUAUUUACUCAACCAAGGAGAACAGCUUGGCACCACAGAAGCAACAGAAACAUUCUUUGCUAUGACAAAAUUAUUUCAAUCUCGCGAUGUUGUUCUACGUCGCUUAGUUUAUUUGGGUAUCAAGGAACUCAGUUCCGUGGCUGAAGAUGUAAUUAUUGUGACUUCAAGUCUUACAAAAGACAUGACAGGAAAGGAAGAUCUUUAUAGGGCUGCUGCAAUAAGAGCAUUGUGCACUAUAACUGACGGUGGAAUGUUAGCAGCCAUUGAGCGAUAUAUGAAGCAAGCAAUUGUGGAUCGGUCACCAGCUGUUUCUAGUGCUGCACUCGUUUCAUCGCUACAUUUAACCAGCGUUUCUGGAGACGUAGCAAGAAGGUGGGCGAAUGAAGCCCAAGAAGCUCUUAAUUCCGACAAUGUCAUGGUUCAAUAUCACGCUCUGGGAGUGUUGUAUCAAGCUCGCAAAUCUGACAAACACGCUGUGAUUAAAUUGGUCGCUAAACUGAUGCGGACCAGUCCAAAGAGUCCAUAUGCAGCCUGCAUGUUGAUCAGAAUGGCCUGUAAAUUGUUGGAAGAGCUCGACGAGGGUUCCGAGCUUUUGGAAUUCAUAGAGGCUUGCUUGCGCCACAAAUCGGAAAUGGUAGUUUAUGAGGCUGCGCACGCUUUAGUGAAUUUGGGACGCAGUGGCACUCGAGAAAUUGCACCAGCAAUCAGUGUUUUGCAAUUAUUCUGCGGUUCGCCGAAACCUGCACUAAAAUUUGCAGCGGUACGCACUUUGAACAAGGUUGCCAUGACUCAUCCGGCUGCCGUCACUGCUUGUAAUUUAGACCUGGAGAACUUGAUCACAGAUUCCAAUCGAUCAAUUGCCACUUUGGCCAUCACGACUCUUCUGAAAACUGGCGCUGAAAGCUCCGUUGAUCGUCUCAUGAAGCAAAUAGCCACAUUUGUUUCCGAAAUAUCCGAUGAAUUUAAAGUUGUGGUUGUACAGGCUAUCAGGGCACUUUGUCAAAAAUUUCCCCGCAAACAUGCUGUUCUGAUGAACUUCCUCUCGGCUAUGUUGAGGGAUGAGGGUGGCCUUGAAUACAAGGCAGCUAUUGCCGACACUAUUAUAGCAGUAAUGGAAGGAAAUUCCGAAGCCAAGGAAGCAGGACUGGCGCAUCUUUGUGAAUUCAUUGAAGAUUGCGAGCACACGUCCCUUGCCGUACGAAUUCUUCACUUACUUGGCCAGGAAGGCCCGACUUCAAAGCAACCUUCUCGAUACAUCCGCUUCAUAUACAAUCGGGUCAUCCUGGAAAGUGCGAGUGUGAGGGCUGCUGCUGUGACAGCUCUUGCCCACUUUGCCGCAGCUUGUCCACAAUUAUUGCCCAAUAUACUUGUUUUGCUGUCACGCUGUCAACUGGAUUCCGACGAUGAAGUCCGAGACAGAGCUGCAUAUUAUUGCGCGAUACUGCAACAACAAAAUGACCCAUCGAUUCUACCACUCGUCCAACCGCCACUUCUAUCCAUUCCGAGCCUUGAGAGGGCCUUACGUAAUUAUUCCCGAACAUCAAUGGACGAGGCCUUCGAUAUAUCUCAAAUACCAGCGGCGCAGACUGUCGAAGAGCCGAUUCAAACAGAAAUCCACACUACCAUUAAACCACAGGCACCAAGACUCACUCGCGAAGAAAGUUACAUGGAAAAAUUGUCUCAAGUUCCACAACUAGCGGCGUUAAUACGCGAAGCUUCUCUCUUCAAAUCGUCGCCUGUUGCUGAACUCACGGAAUCUGAGACAGAAUACAACGUAAAAUGUAUAAAACAUUCAUUUUCCGACCACCUUAUUCUACAAUUUGAUUGUUUGAACACACUGUCCGAUCAGUUGCUCGAAGACGUUCGGGUUGCUGUUGAACCACCAGAAGGCUAUACAUUAGUGUGUGAGAUACCAUAUCCACGAUUGUCAUAUAAUGAGCCAGGGGUUACAUACACCGUAUUAAAGUAUCCAGAAGACAUACAAUCGAGUGUAGCUACAAUUCCAACGACCCUGCGUUUCACAGCACGCGACUGUGAUUCCGCAACAGGUGUACCAUACGCAGAUCAAGGAUACAGCGAUGAGUACAUGCUGGAAGAUUUAGAAGUAACUUUAGCCGAUCAAAUGCGAGGAGCCGGAGGUAGAGCUGUGGACUUUGGUGCUGUUUGGGAAGCAGCAGGAACUCGAGGAUUCGUUACGGCUGAGGAAACUUUUGCUUUGGGUGCUACAGUUUCUACUGUCGAAGAAGCUAUUCAGCGAUUAGUGGGUUUCCUCGGUUUAGAAUCGGCGGAACGUGGCGAUCGAGGUCAAUCGGGUCCGGUUGAGUUUACGUCUCUACGAGGUAUUUUCCGAGGCGGGAAAGAAGUAUUUGCUCGGGCUAAAUUUGCUUUAACGGAUGGACAGGUAACGAUGCAAUUGGCGGUUCGCUCGCAGGAUCCCGAUGUUGCUGAAUUAAUACUUUCUUCCAUAGGAUAAGCAAAAUGUUACGUUAUCGACCUACAUAGCUAUAAUAAGCAGAGCAAAUUUGUACAGACUGGGAAUUAAAAUCCACAUUACAUAUUAUGUUUACCUAACAGUUUUCAAAUAAAUAACAUAUGGAGGAGAA